CUCGUGUGACGAAGCUUUCGCUGCACGUCGCAGUUGACAUGGAAGUUUAAGGCAAUGGAUCGGGACUGAUACUGGAAGACAACAUCAUGGCGACCGCACUUCAGCAGCAGCUGGCUGCAAUCGCCGCCAACAGCACUCAUCAGCUCGACUUGAAGGCGCAAAAGGCGCGCCACAGCAAGUCACUCCUGUUCGAGUCUCGAGAAGCUGCGUCGCAAGGCUUCGACACGAUAUACCAGAUCUGUAUUGAGGGCUUUGACGAGCUAUGCAUGCUGGACGCCAGGUUCACUGCUUUCUCACGCAACAUCUUCAGCGAACAGAGCAAGAAUGAGGAUCGAACGCAGAUGACAGCGAAGGAGAACAAAGACUUGGACAAGACGAUUGAAGGCUUCCUUGGUCUGGUGGGAAGCAGACUACUGCUCAAGCCGGCCAUGAAGGCAGUAGAGUGGCUCGUCCGGAGAUUCAGAGUGCAGGAUUACAACACGGAGACCGUCCUCUUGACGUUUCUACCCUACCAUUCAUCUCACAUCUUCCCGACACUCCUGUCAAUCCUCCCGGACACUUUACCACCCAUCUUCCGGUUCCUCCAGCCCUAUGUGGCCUCCUUGCAAAGUCCGCCACGACAUGCAGUCCUCUCAGCCGCAAUUAGCAACCAGGGAUUUUUUGCUGCAUUAAGUCAGUACGUGCUGAGUGUUGCGAAAGUGGGCCACCAUUCAGCUGUCUUGUUAGGCUUUUGGGCAAGCAUAACGGCCCAAGCGGUCAACGGUAUGAUUGAUUCGAGCAGAUCUGGCCGAGAAGCCAUCCGGAAACAGCGCGAAGAAGACCUAUUGCUUCGGGUGCUUCCAGUCUUGCAGUCCGCCAUCAGCAUCAAAGGCGUGCCAGAGCUUUACCUGGCCUGCUGCAUGAUCAUGACCAUUCUCGUGACCAAGGCAUCGCUCGAGGACAGAGUGCUCGACGCCAUUAUGGAAGCCAUCGCAGGCGUCUGGACUCCGCAGACUGCUGAGGAUGGCAUGGUGUGCCUCGCUAUCAUCUCCGAGGAGAAAGAAAGUGUUCUACUCCCCGAAUCGGUCUCACGCGCGCUUCUCAGCCUUGACAAUUGGCUGCAGAGGUUGCAGGCUUUGUCACAUCGCUACCGCACUGGCAAGCUUGCUCUUGGUCUUGCGCUCAAUCUGUCCGCAUCAAGCGCUAGUAUCGCUGUGGACGAACGCGUAGAGCUACUUCGCAGCCUUCUUGAUAGUAUGCUCAGUGAAGCACAUACUCUGGCUUUGUUCGAAUCACUGGUAGCGGGACUAGCGGAAUCCGAGCCGCAAGGACGUCAGAGUACAGUUAAUCUACUCGAGCAUAUAGGACGUUCAGACAGCCAUCAGCGCCUGUUGCAGCAAGCUGCGGAACGAAUCGGCGUGGAUUUGAGAGAGUUGUCGUUGCAGCUACUUGUCGAAUCAUCGGUUGAUGACGCUGCAGAGAAAGGCAUGACUGGCGCUAGUUCUGUCAGAAUGGCAGUCGACGAUGACGCAUCUUCUGACGGCCCUUCCUUCAGCGGCCUCCCUGAGCUGGAUCCUGACCAUCUAUCCUUGCUCGAUCCUCACAAUAAUCAUAUCUACGAGGUCUACCUUCCUUGGCUCCAGGGCGCCUGCUCCGCAGACAAUAGUUCACCGCUGUUCAAAUUUCCACCUCUGAACCAGAAAUCUGACUCUGGAAUUCCUAGUUACUUCUGGUUUCUCGCGCGAGUCUGGACUUCGAGCACACAAGCGGCUGCACGGGUGUCAGCACUGCAACAUGUAGUUGCAGGAACGUCAACGUUCGUUAAGGCUGGACCCGAUCGAUUCUCCGUUGACAUACAAGAUCUUUUGCCAUAUUUGAUCAUCGGCUUAUCCGACGGUUCGCCCGAGGUUCGAAAGUUGGCGGGUGAAGUCUGUGGACUGGUCCGAAAGAUGUACGAUGCAAUCAAAGCUGGCCCUAGUGCGAAGACGCAGAAGCGAAGUCGCCAGAAUGUGUAUGGCUUAGGAAGCGAACCAGUCCAACAUCUAUCGGCCAAGGAUGCAGAAACAUUCUUGGAUUUAGCCAUCCUACCUGUACUCGAAGACUGCGCCCUUGAUAGCGAAUACAUUGGCAGAAGCCUGACCGAAUCUUUGAAGGGUUCAGACACCAUUACUCCAGCCAAUGAUGGGAAACAGCACAAAGCGAUGAAACUGUCACUCCGGGUUGAGCUAUGUACAUGGCUCGCUGGCCAUGUUGCGGCCACGCCUGUGCUGCAAGUGAAGAGCAAGCUGUUGGAAGUGCUCAACAAAGUCGGCAAGCCUGCAAGUGAUGCACGAAAGAGUGUUCUAAUUCCUUUUGUCAAAGCGUGGGUCGCGCAAGACGCCGACAAGCUUCGCAAAUCGUGUGCUGCGGAAGCUUUACAGAAGCAGGAUCUUGACCACCUUGUGAUGGAAAGCCUCUCUUAUCGUAGUGCGGAGGAAGUCAGCACUUUGCAAAGCAUUGCGGUUGGCGAUACUAACAGUCAAGUUGAGCUCAGAGCACUCGCCUUCGAGCGUCUGCGUCACCUAUGGCAUUCGAUGAAUCCACCAUCACAAUGCGCACUUGUUGAUUGGCUCCUAGAAUUGGCGGCUGGUGACUCGGAUGAGCAGGGUAAUGCACUCGAGACUCUGCGCAACCUACAGUAUCCGUCAAGCGUCCUUGUGCAUCUACUCCAGACUCUGCCAAGUGCUUUUGACCUGCAAGACGAACCUUCAUCGGCCAAGAAGCAGCGGAUAAGCAAGGCGGACCAAGAGCAAACACGGAAACCCGAUCUGGCCAGGGUCAACGCUGCUCUAAGGCGGGUUACAGUUGUGCUCGAGCUCGUCGAAGGAGCGAAGCCGGAGAGGCACCCGCAGUUGCUGAAAGCCCUGUUUCACAUGCUUGGGGAGCUGCAUCAUUUCAAGACACUGCUCGGCUCGCAGUUGAUCUACCUGCAGGCUCUGCUUUUGGGCUGCCUUCUGUCGGUCGUAAACGGCAUGAGGACUAACGCAGAUGCUGCGAACAUUGACCGCGCCGUCAUCCGAGCAGACCUUAUAGUGGAGACCGUAAGGACGACCUCUAGCGCUCAACUUCACAACACCGCUCUUCUGCUCAUCUCAAGCCUGGCCACUUGGGCGCCCGAUUUGGUCUUGCAUAGCGUUAUGCCCCUUUUCACCUUCAUGAGUACUACAUUACUACGGCAAAGCGACGACUUUUCGGCGCAUGUCACGGAUCAGACUGUCUCGCGGAUAGUACCGCCGCUGGCUGCGUCCUUGAGAAAGCGCGGAAAGGAUCUCAUCAGCGGCGCGUCAGAGCUAUUGCUCAGCUUUACGGCCGCAUUCGAGCAUAUUCCGCUUCAUCGCCGUGACGCGUUGUUUCGACAUCUUGUGCAAACGCUCGGCCCCGACGAAGCGUUGUUCGCGAUUGCGGCGAUGCUGAUAGAGCGAUACCCGACGGACGAGCGUGUACUACCAUUUGUCGGCAGUCUUAUGGCACACUUUUCAGUUGCCACGCAAGUCCGAGCUCUUCAGCAAUUCCUCGAUCUUGUUCGCGACGCUUUGAAGCCCAAACGAACACUGUCCGACAUCGUGCUUGCCCUUGGCGAGAAGAGCGCAGAGCAAGUGGAACAGUCCGUCGACCAUCUCCUCCAGAGCCUCGGUGAACUAAUGGAAGAUGUCGGCUUGCGCAAACGAGUCGCGAAAGAGUUCGCAAGCUCCGCCGAUGCUGCCGAAACGCUGCGAACAAUAUACUCGCAGCUGCUUGAUCAAACGAUGCAGCUCUCCCGAGACCUGGCGUCAAACAUGGUUCUGGGUGACGCGGCUGCAUCAAUGCUGUCGUCGUUGCUCGGUUUGACACCAACGAAAGACUUCAUCGAGUCAAGCGCACAACUCAUGCAGACAGGCUCUGACGAGACAAGGCAGCAGGUCUUCCGCGCGCUCGAAGCGCGAGUCGUGCAAGCGAAACGUGGCGAUGUAGCGCUACAGCGCACAUUCCUUGAAGUGUUACCCAAUUGCUGCGUUUUCGUUACACAGGGCCAGCCCAUCGAUGUGCGCCACGCCGCCGUUGCGUGCAUCGACCAAAUUGUUGACAAGUACGGCAAGCUCGACCGAGAUGCUGUAUUGCAAGCUGCGGAGUCCGUGGCCGGAGACGCUGCGUUAGGGGCCCAAGACGCUUCCCUUCGAAUUAUCUCGAUACUUUGCCUCGCUUCUAUGGUUGAUGUGCUUGGUGAUGGGUUCAUCCCGCUGCUACCGACUGUUCUGUCGAGAACGCUGGACUACUUGUCCGAGGCGCAGGAAGCUCCGAGACUCAACCAUCAACUUCAAAGCGCCGUCUUCUCAUUCGCUAAUGCAGUGCUUGACCAUCUGCCAUGGAUGUUCUCGGACCUAGAGCGUGCGCUACAUCUUGCCGGUCAAGCUUUAGUGCAUCCUCAGAAGCAUGACGGCGAUGUGGCUGCCGCGAAACAAUUCUGUUCACUGAUAGCUGGGAAAAUUCGACUGGACACGCUCAUCAGUACUAUUGACUCGACCUUCGAAGGCAUCACGAACCUUGGCGCAGCGGCGGCCGUACAGCAUCUCCAUAUCUUGCGCAGCGUUCAGCGACACCCUAAAGGCGAGCUGAAAGCGAACGCGCAGCCCUUGUUCAGCAUCUUGCUCAAGGCGUUCGAUUUGCGCCGGACGAAGGCGGUACACGUUCCCGACGAUGCUGACUACAGCGAUGUGUACCCACUGGUCGAUGCAGUGACCAUUAAUGUCGUGCUUAAGCUCGACGACAGCGUGUUCAGGCCAUUCUUUGUCCGCUUCAUCGAAUGGGCCACCACAGGCUUGCCGAAGAAGGAUUACGAAGGCCGUACAUUGCGCCUGACAAGUCUUUUCAGCUUCGCAUUCCAAUUCUUCGACCGGCUAAAAGAAUUGGUCACAAAUUAUGCAAGCUACUUGAUCGAACCCGCCGCGAACGUACUAGACGUCGUGUCACCCAACAACGCCCGCGAGCUCAGCCUACUUACCGAGGUUCUCCGAACGAUAUCCAGCAGCUUCCAACAUGACGAGCAGGACUUCUGGCAAUCGCCCUCGCAUUUCGACGGCAUCGCUUCACCUCUGUUGAAGAUGCUCACCAAAGCCAAGUUCAUCCGCGUGACGGAGCACGUGAUUCCUACCAUCACUGAUUUUGCCGCGGCUGCAGCAUCGCCAGACCACCACAAGGUCAUGAAUACGCAAAUCAUGCAAUACAUGCGUCACGAAGCCGCAGAAGUGCGAUUGGCGGCGGUUAAGUGCGAGCGUGGAAUCACGGAGCGUCUCAACUUGGACUGGCUGGCUUUGUUGCCAGAGAUGCUGCCAUUCAUUAGUGAAUUGCAGGAAGACGAUGAUGAGCAUGUCGAGAGGGAGACUUUGAGGUGGGUCAGACAGAUUGAGGAGGUUACGGGCGAGAGCCUGGAAGGCAUGCUGCAAUAAACAUCAAUGCCUUGGAAAUGAUGAUUAUGUGAUCGAGAUAGGAGCGACCCAUGACUGAUAUGCGCCAGGCGCAAUGCUGAACGCUUCAGUAAUAUACAUUAACCCGGUCGCUCCGGGUACUAUAGCUUUUGGACGAGCCAUUAUGACGCCUUCUUCGAUGCGUCGAUUUGCUGCACACGUGCGACAGCCUUGGCGGACUCGACUGUGCUUUGGUAGAUCAGGUCUGCCAUUCACAGUCAGUACAACGUUCGCGACCGGUUGAGAAGACCAAAUGAUACUUACAUCCAGGGAUGGCAAUCCAGAAGGCGUUCAUGCCCACGAAGUAGAACCAGUAAUAGAAGGUCUCCGGCCGGCUGUACGUUAC